GUAGCCCAUGCACAUAACAUGCUGCACACAAAAAUAUAAUUCACUGACUUGUGUGUGCUGUUUGGUUCUAGCUGUGUCAUAAUUAGGGACUUUCUCUGUUGCUGACUGCAGGCCAACCAUUCCAAUAAAAGCGUCUGCCUGCCGUGAUUUCUUCACAUGGAGCGGGGAGAAGGGAUGUGUUUAGGUCUGCUAGUUCUCUGACGGACUUGUUGAAGGAUUAUUGAAUUCGGAACUGACGAGAAAACCUCUAAUUCUGAAGUGCUUGCAAGCAUUAUCAUGGCAGCCAAGAAGAAGGGUCUUCACGCUUCAAAGCAACGCUCUAACUCGUCCCCAGAGUUGCAGCUUCAAGUCACUGAUAUUGACUCAGCGGAUCAGAGGCUUGGAACAACAGUAAAAACAGCAGGUUGGCGCAAAUAUGGAGACGAUGACUCCAAUGCUUCGCACAGCAAAGGCGCCACCAAUAAAAGUGAUGGCGUCAAUAACAGCUCAGGGAAUAUCGAAUCUGCAAGCAAAGCCGCCAAAUCUCCAACUGUUCCAGUACAGGAGGAAGCCAAGCCGUGCAAGUCAUGUGGAAAAACAUCUGAAAUAGAGCCAACUCUUGGCCCGUCUGUACGCCCGAAAGUGAGGAAUUAUCGUUUCAAAACGAGAACUAGGAACGGAAAGAAUUUGGCUGGGAAUAAGCAGCAGCAGCACAAUGCUGAUGCGAAUCGUAUCAUCAUGGAUAUCUGUGACAAUUCAGUAACUGUUAACUCAUCUAGUUCAGAAACAGAAGAACCUUCCUCUAAACAACAAAAGAGGCAAGGAAUUGGUCGUGUUGCUACGGCAUUCGUUGCAAGGUUCCGACACAAGGGACGUAAACAUCAGCGGAGGAGCUCAAACACAGACUCGGUUUCCUCGACCAGUGUCAAAGACGUCAAAUUAGAGUCCCCUCGACCUCGAUCAAAGUCGUUUAGCGGGAGAAUCAUGCGGAAGUUAGGCACAAAGGACAAAUCCUCCAAUUGCAAAGACUUGCCUUGCCGAGACUUUAACACUCGUAGGAAAGGAUGGCCUCAUGCAAAGCGUAUUCAAUCUUGUAUCGGGGAAGUUUUCACCGGAAAGGGAACUCUAAAAACUAAAGGAAAAUCAUCAAAAGCUGAACUGGACGCGCGUCAACCAAGACGUUACACACCGGUUAUUAAUCUAGAGGAGUUUAAUCCUGAAGAUUAUCCUAUUGAAAGUGAAGAUGACAUUCAGAGGGUUCUCCGUGAACAAGAGAUACGAGAGGGUGUGGACCCACCACCAGGAUAUCAGCCUUUUGACCACUUCUUGACGAAGGUGGAAACACAUGCAGAGGCAGCGGACACAAAAGCUACCUCCCCUACUGAGAAAAACAGCCCCAAAGAGUGCAAGGAAGAAGAGAAACCGGGCCCAUCUGCAGCAGCUGCAGUAGCCGAGGCCUUACUGAACACCUCCCCAAAUGCAGGUUAUCCAGUUCUCGCAGGAUCAACUCAUACAACUGCAAAUAUCUACGAUCAGUAUGGCUCCCUGACCCCAGAGGGGACUUACAUUCCAAGGACUGUACACACACAGAUUGACUACAUGCACUGUUUAGUCCCCGACCAGAAGAGCAUCAUGGACAGUAGUUUCUAUUGGGGCAAGAUCGAUCGUUUCGAGGCAGAUCUUCUACUGGAGAAUAAGCCGGAGGGGACUUUCCUGUUGAGAGAUAGCGCCCAUGACGAGUUUGUUUUCUCUGUCAGUUUCCGUCGGUAUGGACGAACUCUUCAUGCUAGGAUUGAACAAUGGAAACACAAGUUUAGCUUUGACGCUCACGAUCCUGGCGUCUAUGCUUCAGACACAAUCUGUGGGCUCCUAAAACAUUACAAGGACCCUAACUUCUGCAUGUUCUUUGAACCUAUGCUUACCACACCUUUGCCCCGGCCCAACCCUCCAUCCCUCCAAGAGUUGGCCCGUGCGACGAUCUGUUCGAACACAUCGUACGAUGGAAUCACACACUUGGCUCUACCGCGCACACUAAAAGAGUAUUCUCGCGAAUACCACUACAAGCAGAGAGUUCGCAUGCGACGGUUUGAGGUCCCUGAAAUGCCCGUUGUAGUAGAACCAAAGAUUGGUGUCAUUACUAAAACUUGUAUAUCUCGGUAGAGUCGCACAAACUAAGUCUAGAAUUGAAACUUCAAGUGCAUGUGUCUCACUUUCAAUAUCAGUGUAUUUUUAGUCAUUCCACUUAUAUAAUUUGUGCAGGAAGGAAGUUGUAUUAAUUAGAUGUUAUUCUUGCUAUGGUACUUGACUCCCUGUUUCACUUUAAAGUUCAUCUGACUUUUAAUUGAAACAGCACAAUUUCUAGAGGUGAAUAUAAUGCUUUACAUUUGAUGACGACACUGUGGAUCAUACAUGUGCAUAAAUGUGUUCAUCCUUAAUAUUGUCAACUUAGUAAAAUACUGAAAACUUGACAAAUUUAUUUGAAACAUCCAUUGUUAUACAUGUAGACUUACAGACAAGUUGUUUCAUCUUUGUCAUGGUGAAAGCGCUCUCUUGCAAGUUAACUCUUGUGCGAUUGCUGGUCUCGCAACUCUGACCCGUUCAAAGUAGUAAAAAGGGGCCAGUUGUCAGGAGCCAGAAGAGCGUUACCGCACAAACAUCUAACGACUUGUCCAUGACUAAGUUAUUGUCCACAAUGCUAUUGUUUAUUGUACUUUCUUUUGUCAUAUGUUUUCAUAUCCCUCUAUACAUGGAGUGACAAUCCUUAUAAAACGUUGUCAUGCAAAAUGUAUCAGUUGAUAUUCAAAAAUCAUUAUUUGCUACUCAGUAUUAGCAUUCAGUGUGCAAACAAAUAUGUUCAGCCAAAAUAUUUUGCUAUGCAUAAGUGCCUGAUGAAAUCGUUAUCCUAUAGCACCAUUCCUCACGAUGGUAUCGAAAGGCGACUGGGAGAAAAGCAAAAAAGCCACAGCACUAUGACAUUGAUGUGUGCUAGAAGUACAGAGCAUGUUCAAGGUGAACCUAUUGAACUUUAAAGGAUAAUUUCAUUAAAAUUAUUGACACGAAAUCUUUGGAGUUUUAUCAAGGCAUUGGCCUUGGUUUCUAUGCAUGUCCAUGCCACAAGUCAAGCUAUGCCAAGGAUCUAUUCACUGAUUCACUCCAUGGAAAAUAAUUUUUAUCUUCAUUAUAAUAUUGAUCAGAAUCAUAUUGUACAUGUACAUGUACCUGAUAUAAGCGCGACCUUCCUGGUGCAAUUUUUAGUCCUUGCUGUCUGUGUGUACCUGUAUGGUCAGUGUAUACACACACAGCCACAAUACCCUAUCAUGGCCACAGUAUUAAUAACUGCCAACAUGCAAGCAGCUGUUAAAGACCAUUGUACAUCAAAUCCUUAUGGCCUUGAUGCUUGAGAGUCUGGCCUGUGGUUGACCAUGGCAUAAACAAAGACAAUCCUUUCACAGGUUUUGUUGUUUUUAUUGUUGUUUUACCUCCAGGGUGGAAGAUAACCGCUUCCUAAAAUAUUGAUUUUUCAACAUCUGUGCUGAACUCAUUUGUUGUCAAUGAUAAUGCUGUUUUAAAGAAGGUACUUGUACAUUAUCUAAGAAGUGUCAAGCCCCCUUAUUUUCACAGAGUAAAAAAAUAAUCUGGAAAUUUUGAUCGCUUUGAUUUUGUCCAGGUGUUGCGCAACAGUUUUGAUAAAGAUUACCAAUUGCUCCAUAUCACAUGUACCUCGAAUUGCCUAGUGUAUCAGUUUCAUGUAAAUCAUGUGGGAAGUUUUUAGAUAAGGAUUAAGGUAAUUGUUUUCCCUUAUGUCAAAGUGUACUCAGAUACAGAUAUGGUUGUACUUCAACGACCUUUAGGAAAAUGCCAAGUAAAACAUAAAAGUCACCCUUCAACUCCUGCAGUUUUUUUCUUCUUUUUUCUACAGGCUAAAAAUUGAGUGUCAAUUACAUAGCAGGCACAUUCCUGGCAGGGUAGUUAUACUUGGGAAAGGUUGUGGGUUCACUCAGAGGAAACCAGCAGUCUUAUAACAGGAUGUGGUCUACUGUAUUGUGGACUGCAUGCCACCAUGAUGCCACUAUGCUUCAUGUAAAGCGUUUGUCACUCGGUUAGACUUUUACAGUUUAUGAAGCCAGAAUGAUGUACGAUGUUCAAUCAUGGGAAUUCUACUGCCAUGGUUUAAUGUAUUUAAUUUGCUGCUCGUUUCCUACUUAAAAGGCACUGGACACCUUUGGUUGUCAAAGACAAGUUUUCGCACUUGGUGUAUCCCAAUAUACAUGUAAUGCA